AUGAAUUUCUACAAGAUCUUUAUCUUCGUUGUGCUGCUUUUGGCUAUUUGCAUGGGACAAGCUAAGGCCGACUUUUGGAAAAGGCUAGGCAAGAGAAUUGAGCGCAUUGGCCAAAAUGUUCGGGAUGCCACAAUUCAGGUUGUCGACAUAGCUGAAAGGGCCGCAAAUGUUGCCGCUACAGCAAGAGGCUGA